GGCCGCGCAGGUGGUUGACCCAGCCUCGCAGUUGCCUGGGCAGGGGCUCCAGGGGUGAGGGUGCAGGCGCCUAUCAGGGACCCCCGUCCGGGGAGAUGGGCAGCGAACGGACACCGCUUAAGGCUUAGGAAGAAUCGUCUGCCUUCCGGAGGGACACUCUGGGGCUCUGAAAUACUAUUAUUAUCCUGGGUGGCGGCGGCGGCGAUGCAUGAAUCACCAAAAGCAGGGAAAAGUGGAAAAAGUUCAAAAGAAGGACAAGACAUAAUAGAAUCAGAGAUUCCCAGCAGGAAAAACAGCCUUGUUGCUGCCCCGUCUGCAGCAUCUAGUAAAAUAAAAGCGCCAGCCCCUCAGCCCAUAGUGAAGAAAGACAAACGGCAAAAUUCUUCCAGGUUUAGCGCCAGCAAUAAUAGAGAACUUCAAAAACUACCAUCUUUAAAAGAUGUUCCUCCUGCUGAUCAAGAGAAGCUUUUUAUCCAGAAGUUACGUCAGUGUUGUGUCCUCUUUGACUUUGUUUCCGAUCCACUAAGUGACCUAAAGUGGAAGGAAGUAAAACGAGCUGCUUUAAGUGAAAUGGUAGAAUAUAUCACCCAUAAUCGGAAUGUGAUCACAGAGCCUAUUUACCCAGAAGUAGUCCAUAUGUUUGCAGUUAACAUGUUUCGAACAUUACCACCUUCCUCCAACCCUACGGGAGCAGAAUUUGACCCAGAGGAAGACGAGCCAACGUUAGAAGCAGCCUGGCCUCACCUGCAGCUUGUUUAUGAGUUUUUCUUAAGAUUUUUAGAGUCUCCAGAUUUCCAACCUAAUAUAGCGAAGAAAUAUAUUGAUCAGAAGUUUGUAUUGCAGCUUUUAGAGCUCUUUGACAGUGAAGAUCCUCGCGAGAGAGAUUUUCUUAAAACUACCCUUCACCGAAUCUAUGGAAAAUUCUUAGGCUUAAGAGCUUACAUCAGAAAACAGAUAAAUAAUAUAUUUUAUAGAUUUAUUUAUGAAACAGAGCAUCACAAUGGCAUAGCAGAAUUACUGGAAAUACUGGGAAGUAUAAUUAAUGGAUUUGCCUUACCACUAAAAGAAGAGCACAAGAUUUUCUUAUUGAAGGUGUUAUUACCUUUGCACAAAGUGAAGUCUCUGAGCGUCUACCAUCCUCAGCUGGCAUACUGUGUAGUGCAGUUUUUAGAAAAGGACAGCACCCUCACUGAACCGGUGGUGAUGGCACUUCUCAAGUACUGGCCAAAGACUCACAGCCCAAAAGAAGUCAUGUUCCUAAAUGAACUAGAAGAGAUUCUAGACGUCAUUGAACCGUCAGAGUUUGUGAAGAUCAUGGAGCCUCUCUUCCGGCAGUUAGCCAAGUGUGUCUCCAGUCCCCACUUUCAGGUGGCAGAGCGAGCGCUGUAUUACUGGAAUAACGAGUACAUCAUGAGUCUCAUCAGCGACAACGCAGCAAAGAUUCUGCCCAUCAUGUUUCCAUCCUUGUACCGCAACUCAAAGACCCACUGGAACAAGACAAUACAUGGCUUGAUAUACAACGCACUGAAACUCUUCAUGGAGAUGAACCAAAAACUAUUUGAUGACUGCACCCAGCAGUUUAAAGCAGAGAAACUGAAAGAGAAGCUAAAAAUGAAAGAACGAGAAGAAGCGUGGGUUAAAAUAGAAAACCUAGCCAAAGCAAACCCCCAGUACGCAGUGUGUAGUCAAGCGAGCACCGUGAGCCUUCCGGUGGCAGUGGAGACAGAUGGGCCUUUAUUUGAAGAUGUGCAGAUGCUGAGAAAGACAGUGAACGAAGAGGCUCACCAGGCACAGAAGGACCUGAAGAAGGACCGGCCCCUGGUGCGCCGCAAGUCCGAGCUGCCCCAGGACCUGCACACCAAGAGCGCCCUGGAGGCCCACGGUCGCGCUGAGGAGCUGGUCCCCCAGGACGGGCGCUAGCCCCGACGCCGUGCGGGCGCCAGUCCUGCUCCGAUCUGUAGAAAAUACACGCUCUGUGUGCCAUACAAAUCAGUUACACUCGAGUCAAAGCUUUCUCCAACCCCGUUCUGUAGGCAAUAACAUCCUUCCGCCUCAGCUCGAGACUAGGAGUUCAAACAAUGGUGACCACCCAGGGCCACAUGCCGCCCAUGGUGUCCCCUGCACGGUCCCAAGUAAGCCGGUUUUCCAAAAUCAGAGCUAAGGAAAGCACCCUAGUCAUCAUCUUCACAUUCUCCCCAAAUGGAAUUUGCGAUCAUUUAAGAUAGGUGGUCCAAUGAUAAUAUCAAUGUUUUUCAAAUCAAAGGAGCACUUUAAAAAAGUAUUACCUAUUUUUUAAGACUUUACAACCCUUGAGAUUGUUUCCACGUGAUUGUUAACGCCAGCAGUUUCUUUCUGGGGUUUUUUGGUUUGUUUUUGUUUUUUAAAUCUCAUUGAAGUGGUUCUUUGCUGUCAUCGUUCCAACACAGCUCAACUGGGAAAGUGACACGACAAUCCCCGGCCGCUGUCUUUUCCUAAGGUACUGCUUUACUUUGACCAAUACCAUGCGUACCACGUCCUGCUGCUUCUGUGUAUCGCUAAAGCCAUAUUGCCAAGUCUGCGGUCCAGGACCAGGACCCGGGAGUGAGCUCGUAGGAGAGAUUUUUUUUAGAAAGAGCUUUCUCUUGACUGGAAUUGGAAUUUUAAAGUGACGUGUUCGUGUUUUACUCUUUGCAGAAUGAUUUCUCUCUACUUAACACGUUGUUGCCCUUGAACAAGGCUCUUCAGUUAAUAAAAUUAUAUUCUCUGAGAAUUCCACAUUUUGUAGAAAAUUAGGACGAGAUCAUUUUGAGUGAGGCCAGCUCUCGGCCUGAUGCAGGCCACCGCUGCCUUUGGGCAAAAGUAGCAGAAACAGCGCUGUGGGCAGGCACCCCCCCUCCCCACAGUGUGGCCCUGAGGGCUUCAUGGAGGCGGCAGCAGCGACGGCUUCCAAGGAGUCUCUUUCUGUUGAAAAGAGCGCACGUAAUAGAUGCCUCAUAAGGAAAAUACAGCGUCUUGAGUUUUCAUCGGUCUUCAAUGCUGCUAAAUAUUUCAGACUUCCUUGCAUGUAUUAAGCUUUUUGUUUUUGAUGGAACAGCACGAGGAGAAAAAUCUUUAAACUUAAUGCUUUGUUCUUUAUUUCUCUCCGGGUGGCCAGUAUUUUGACUUACUUAUCCUGCUUGAAAGCUAUUUGAGAUGCGUACUGCUGCUCUAAACCAGUGAUUCUAGUUUCUUCUGUCUCUGGCAUAAGAUUCUAUAACUUGAUGUUAAAUGUCUUGAUGCAUCAAAGGUAAAACGUGGCUUCUUUCAGGAUCUGUUUUUUUAGUUGAGGUCUCGGGAAUCCACUCAGACAUUGUGAGAAGUGGAUGUGGUUCCCUGUGCAGCUGUGGUACCUGCUGCCCGUUGGUUUCACUUAAAUCCUUUGAUGAUGUUUAUUUCCUUGUUUCCUGUAGGAAAAUCAUUUGGAGGGAGGGGAUUUCUUUUGUUCAAAGCAAGUACUAAAUUAGAAGGCUGCCCCAGCUGAAAGGGGAGAAGCCCCCUUUGUGAGGAGGAACACUUCCUGAGAAACUUGACAAGUAUCCAUCCACUUUACCAUGAUGAAAUUUAUCAUUUAAAAAAAGUUUAGAUGCCUUCUCCUUUUGAGGGAAAAAGGGUGCUUUUUAUUGUAUAAAGCAGCGUCUUAUGUAUUUUGAUAAACCAUUGUUUGAACUUCCGUCUUUAGCUGAUAGAUUCUCAGAUACACUUGAUUUGGAUGUUCUCAGUUAUGUUUGUGACAGAGGUUUCUGGGAAGCCUCUCCUCUUGCCCUAGGGAAAAAGCAAAAUCUCAGUGUUUGGAUGAUGUGGAAAGCUCAGCGUAUAAGAACAUCUUUUUGUCUAGGUUUUACUUCUGCUCUUUAUUGAAGACAAACAUUCACCAAAAAGGGAGAAAAAAAAAGUUUUGAGAGAAACUAAUUUUCUUUGACAAGAGUAUUAUUUAAUAUUUUGGCCUAUGAAAGUUUUCCUAGUUAGUACUCAGAUUCCAUGUGCUAAUUGUUCAACUGACAUAUUACUACAUAGAUACACUGUUUCUUCUGUACCAAAUUGAUUUCAGAAGUACUACAUUGAAAAUAAACUGGUGACUGUUUUUCUUCAUAAAGUUCUGCGUUUGGCAUCUUCACUCUUUCUGAAAUGUAUCUGUACAUCAGAAAUGUCACUAUUCCGAGUGUCUUUUUAGUGCAGCUUUAGUAUGGCUUCCUUUUACUAUUGUACAUACAUUGUACCUUUGUUUUAUGGUAAUGAGUAAUAAAAAUGUAGACUUCAUAUUUUGUACAAAAUGUCCUAUGUACAGAAUAAAAAAAGUUCAUAGAAACAGCAAAAAUAGGUAAGUGGCACAAUUAUUUUUCUUUAGAAAAUAUCUGUAACUUUAUGCUUUAGUGAAAUGUUAAGUACCUACAUAUUUUUUAACAUUUUGUAAUUCAAAACUUUUUGUUUUGACAUUGUUUAUGAAGAGAAACUUCAUACACUUGCCAUUUAAUAUGCUCUUUUAUCUAAUUUUAAAAAAAACUCUAAAAAUGGUGUAUUAUAUGGACUAAAUAAAGAACAUGUGAAUUUUA